AUGGAGACAACGAACGACGGAGAAUGGCAAUGGAAGUGGAGGAACUUGGGAAGGCAAGGCGCGGGCGUCAACGGGCAGGGGCAGACCGUUGCGACUUGCAGGAGGGGAGGAGGGGCGUCUCCGGAGGCGGAGGGUGCAGCGGCCAACGUCACGGUCGAGGCGAGAGGUGACGGGCAGGAGAGGACUCGUUCUUACGACCUGACCUUUGCGGCUUGCCAGCCAGCCAGCCAACCAGCCAGCGAACGAUGCGCCCGCCCUCGGCCCACCGUCAGCGCAAAGGGAUGGCUCCGAGGUGGUUAG